AUGGACCAACAGCUGAAUGCCCGCUAUACAGCAAGGUGGGAGGCAACAUUGGGAGAUGGGGAGAACGAUCAACGUGAGAUGUUCUUCCUCAACAGGUUGAUUCGCUACGUUCCAGAUGGAGCGGGACAAGGAGAAUGUCGCUUGGAGAUCGAGGCUGACGCCAGGCACUCCGAGAUUUUGGUCAAGGAGUUUGGGUUCAAGCCUGAUUCAAAAGGGUGCGACGUCCCAGAGGACAAGAUGACAGAGAAGGACUUGAUCGAGGUCAAUGGUGAUGUGGCCUACAUGAGCAUCGACAGGCCAGACUUGUGCCAUUCGGUCAGAACCUUGGCAUCAGCUAUGGUGGCACCGAAACUUUCAGAUUGGAUGCGCUUGAAGAAGGUGGCGCGCUAUCUCCUAAAGUUCCCCUACUUGAAGAGGGUCUUCAAGCUCCAGUCCAACGAGGAGAUCAACGUGACCGUCUUCACGGACUCGGACUGGGCUGGGAAUCCAAAGACCAGGAGGUCUAUGUCUGGAGCAGUGGUCAAGCUUGGAUCACACACUGUCCAGAUCAAAGCAGCAAGUCAGAAGGUCGUGGCGCUCAGCAGCAUGGAAGCUGAGUACUAUGGAAUGUGCCGUGGUGCGACACAGGCAGUCUUCAUCCACCACGUCUUGGACUUUUGGCAGCUGAAUCCUGGCAAGAUGAUCCUGAAGGUGGAUUCGUCGAGUGCCAAAGCCCUGGUGGAACGGCGUGGCGUUGGCACAACUCGCCACGUGCAAGCACGUUUCCUGUGGUUGCAGGAUUUGAUCUUUGCCAAGCAGAUGAUCGUGCAGAAGGUGAACGGCAAGGUCAACGACGCAGACCUGGUAACAAAGACUCAGCCGAAGGCCAUGAUCAAAGAUCACUUGGCGGGGCUGAAUUUCGUGGUAUGUGGACGGGAAGGCCAUAAGAGGUUAACAUGA